AUGCAAGCACGUCUUGAGGAAGCCGAGGCGCAGUCAAUGAAGGGUGGAAAGAAGGCUCUGGCCAAGCUAGAUGCAAAAACUUCUUGCGUUUUAUCACUAAGGGCCGUCCCGAGAAGAAUUACUCCUGGAAUCUUGUCAGUUAUCCUUUUCCUGGGGUGCUGUGAACUAGAAGUCAAGUUGAAGCGGAAACCGUCGACCGCCGAAGCCGUGAAUCAACAGAAGCAAAAAGUACAAGACGUUGCAGAGAACUUCAGUUCCAGGUGGACGAAGAUAAGAAGUCACAAGAGCGCAUGUACGAUCUCAUUGAAAAACUACAACAGAAAAUCAAGACCUAUAAACGCCAAGUUGAAGACUGCUGAAGGUUUGGCAGCGCAAAAUCUGGCCAAGUAUCGCCAACUUCAACAUGCUCUUGAAGAUGCCGAGGAACGAGCCGAUGCAGCUGAAAACGCGCUAGCUAAAAUGCGAUUGAAGAACCGAAGCGGAUCGUAUAGGACUUGUCGCUUCAUGUCGAGCACGGCCGUGAAUACACGAAGCAGCUCUCGAGGUCGCAUCCUGGAUGACGGAAUUGAGGAGUGA